AUGGAUCACGCACAGUCUCCAGAUAUUAUAAGAGAAGCGGCCGAGCUUGGACGUUUUGAUGGGAUCAUGGUCGACAUGAGCCAUUACGAGAAAGAAGAGAAUAUGGCUAAGACGAGAGAGCUCGUUGACUACUUACACGCGAGGGGCAUCAUUGCCGAAGCGGAGCCUGGCAGGAUAAAUGGUGGGGAGGAUGGUCUCGAAGAUACCGGUGAUCUUGAGGGGGUUCUCACUAUACCUGAACAGGCAGAAGAGUUUCUCGCAUUGGGAAUCGACUGGUUGGCGCCUGCAUUUGGUAAUGUGCAUGGUAAAUAUGGCCCCAGGGGUCCCAGCCUGGAUUAUGAGCGCCUUGAUCAGAUUCACAAGACAACUCGUGGUAGAGUCCAUCUGGUUCUCCAUGGGGCAAACGGUUUUGAGGAGGCCCUCUUCAAAGAGUGUAUCAAGCGCGGUCUGGCAAAAUGUAAUGUGAACGAUGCGGUCAAUGCGAGGUUCCCCGAAGUCCAAAAAGAAAAGGCAGGCCGCGUACCCCUUACUGUGGUAAUCGAGGAGGGUACUCUGGCUAUGCAGAGAGCUGUAGAGAUGCACAUGGACUGGAUGGGAUCUACAGGCAAGGCGUAA